AAUUCAUUCAUCGAAUUGCAACGAGGCGUGAAAGAUCGUUUUUUCAUAGUCGCUGAGCAUUAAAAAUAUAAAAACAAAAAAAUAAAAAUCAAAAAUUGUGUGGAACAAACUUUACAAACAAAAAAAAAAAACUUAAAAACGAAUCACAGCGAGCAACCUCUGAGCAUACGUACGUGCAUACAUACAUACAUACAUCUUUGUGUAUAUUCGUAUAAACAAAACGCUCAACGUAAUAGGGUAAUUAAAUAUUUGCGGCUAAUUUGGAGAUUUGUUUAAAAGGAAACACUGCAUAAUUAAGAACAUUCAGUUGUGAACGAACAGCCGCGCAGUCAAGUGUAGCAAAGAAACAUUUGGACAUUUUUUGGAAGAUCGUGAAAUUUCAAGAUUUUAUUACUUUCGCUAAUUUUCAUUCUCCCAAUCGCAAAAAAGUGAAACGUUUUAAGUGCUUAAAAUCGUCUAGUAUUUUAGUGUUCAAUAAAGUGGAAUCCGUUGUGUGAAAAAUUAAGCUUUAAGCUGGUUGUUUUGUUGUUCAAAACAACAAAUUGUAUUUAAAAAAAAACUUUAACGCAAGCAUUAACCAACAUAAAAAAUAGCAUGUCCUGCAAAGUUUUCUCAUACCUGCUGAGUGUUCUACUGAUCGCACAGGUACCGAUAAAUGGCAUCAGUGCCGGCACGGAUGACAACCUGAUCGACAAUGUGCCAGAAUACUACCUGAUGCAAGGCGUGAAAGUCUAUCCUGGUGACCGUGAAUGUGCCUUGGUUGGUGGUUUAUGUGUGCACACCAGUGACUGUUUGGAACCGACCACGAAUCGUGGACUCUGUCCAUCCAAUACACAUCGUGGCGUCGAGUGUUGCUACGAAUUGCCACUGAGGCCCGCACCGUGUGAACAGCAUUUGGGCAUCUGCAUGGAUAGAUGUGCCGAGGUCCUACAGCGACCCGGUACCGAUUGCCAAGGCGGACAGGUUUGCUGUGUCUUAAUCUAAGCCUAAAGAGAGUUGCCGCAACUUUCGGACGUGUGGAUAUAACUAAACUAUUUUUUAAAAAAAUAAUUGUAUGAGUAUAAAAAUUUUACUAAAAUAAUUUAAGCUUCAAAAAUCGCUCGAUUAAUUCGUUCGAUGAAAAAAGUAAGAGAAUGCAUCAUAUGCAAACUCAUUUACUCGUAAGGGUAUUAUUGAUUGUAUUGUAAUGUAUUUUUCUUUAUGUCAUUUCCUAUUUAAUUUCGAAUUUUUAGGUUAGUUUUGCUUUGUUUAAUUUUAAGUUAAUAAGUUUGAAAAGCUUAUCUAUUACUUAUUGUAUAACCUCAUCGCGUUUAUGUUGGUCGACUUGUAUUUAUGACACUUUAUAUGUAUAUGUAUGAAUAACAGUUGACUUUGACAGCAGCUAAACAAAGAAAAAACUAUGCAAAAUAUCUGUAAAUAAAAAUGGUUUAUUUAAUUAUAAAAACAAAA